UCUGCAGUCGAGCAUCAGUGAGAGCAUCAUCGUCGUGUUAUCACCAGAUCCAGUUGAUUUUUCACUGGAGAUUAUCCUGAGGAAUACGAAAUGAGUAAUCCCGGGCCGGAGAAGUGGCGGCCGAUGGCCAUUUCUAAUCCGUCCACCAGACUGAGGAUGGCGAGGACAAUGCCCCACUGGGUCAUGGCACAGGAUCAUCAGAAAUCAGCGCCGCAGUCCCGAGGGGUUCCAGCACCCCCGAAGAUGCCCCCGCCCUCCCUGACAGGUGAUUGCGGUGAUCCAGAUUAUGAAGUGAUCGAAUUUCCCCCGUCAAAUCGAUCGCCGAACCAAAACUCCAGCCCCCAACAGCGAAAUCCCCAUGUCACCCUGAAAUGCGCUCUAUGCGGAAGUGGAAAUUUAUUCGCCAAGUGCGAUGUUUGCAGAGAGAGCUACUGCGAGGCCUGCGACGACAUGAAUCAUAAACACCCGAAAAGACGGGGUCAUACCCGGCGGCGAAUAGUUACCCAGGAGGUGUCGUCCAGAGCAAGACCACCACUUCCACCAAAAGGGGAAUCCCAGGCACCACCAGUCCCACCACCACGACGAAAUCGUAGAAACACUCAGGCAAGGGCUUUGAAGCAGGAGUCCGGGGUGAAGAAAACCUUGAAUCACCAGGAGAGACCCUUGCCAUCGGCACCCGAUAGCAAUAUUAUUAAUCAACGAACUGCACAAUCUCAUUCGGCCUUGGAUAGUGUCGGCACGGGAUUGGAUAAAAUGUCCACUUUACAGGAGAGGUACCGGAGGUACCAGGAGGCGAUGAGAGCUCAGGAUGCCAGCCGAAGGAGAAUCAGCACUCCGGAGGGGAUGAGGGAGGCCAACACCCCCCGGCCCCUGAGUCUCGGCAACUCGAGGCCGAUUUUACAUACACCACCACCUCCACCCCCUAGGAGCAUGAUGGGAUCCUCUAGCGUCUCCGACCUCUCGGCACAGCAUCUGUGGAACCCUGGGAUGCAGCAGGCCCAAUCAAUGGCCCACCUGGGUCCCCGAGGUGUUCCCCUGAUGUGGUACCCCCCAGGUACACCCUGGGACACAAGCCUGAGUGGAUCGACGAUGAGUUUGAAUCACCCAGGAAUCUGGGGCUACCCGAUGGGCUACACCCCCCAGGCGAUGCUGCCACCCCAGUACCCAGGUACGUUAUCACGCUGUCACAGCCCCGCGAGGAGCUACAAGUCCCGGAGGAGUAGACCAGCCUCACCAUCUCCGAGCACCAGAUCCAGGAAGUCAAUGAUCUCGAGAUCGAGAUCACGACCACCAUCUGAUUCACCGAGUGACGCCAGCUCCGAGGAGUCCGACGAGUCAGAUUUCGAUGACAGAUUGUCCAGGUCCUCCAGGAACAUGAGAAGAACGAGCCUGAAGAGGCGCGGGUACGAGGACGACCGGUGCAGAAUAUCCACGAGUCGAAGAGGGCACUGGAGAUCAGAGGAUCAAAUACCCCAUCGAGGUGAUUUUUCCGAUCUGGAGACACGUUCGUACUCCUCCCGUCACGCCUCAGAGGCCGAGGAAGACCGUCGAUCCCGUCGGGGAGGUUCAGUCCUUCGAGAUGACUCACGUCGUCGCCUCUCAGAGACCGAGGAGGACCGCCAGAGGAGCAUCUCCAUCAGUCGCAGGUCCCAGCGUUCCUCCAUCUCCCGAAAUUCCGAGACCGAUGAAGACAGACGAAGGGACCGACGAAGGCGCUCACAGUCCACCGAGCGCUCCCUCGAGCCUGAUAAAAUCAUCGACAAGCCCAACGGUGUCAGGAAUCACCGGAGAUCUAGUACUGAUCAGGAUUCGGAUACCAGAUCCAAUCGUGAAGCCGUCAGGAAAAUUCAGAGACCUAAAGCGGAAAAACCCCAAGUGAAAGUUGAAGUCGAGAACUCCCGGGCUCUGGAUAAUUCGAAGAAGCUCCAGGACCCCGGGCUGGAGCUCGUCAAGCACAUGGGGAUCGAUGACAAGAGAAUUAAACAGAAAUUCAAUAGAGAGGGAGUUGUGAGUGAGGAAUGGGCGUGUGAGCACUGCACUUUUAUUAAUGAUCAUAAGGUUAAAGUCUGCGUCGUCUGCUGCAAGACCAGAAACUCGGCGCUUCCCCCAGGUGUCAGGAACGAUCCGGGGGACGGAAAACAUAGGGUAUCGAACAGUGAGGAGAGCAACUCGAAUAUCAAAGUAAUUACAGAUGAGCUGAAGGAAAAAAUGGCCGAGAAGUUGCCGUCGAAAUGUACUUUGACUUCUCCAAUGAGAAACCUGGGAACUGCUUCAGGAGAAACACCAGAAUCGUCAUCGCCACCUGCAGCUGAUCUCUCACUAGGAGUUCAGGCCAUCUCCAUCGAGAGAGGAACAUCCCCUCCACCUCAGAGUAUCGCUACCCAGACGUACGAGGUGCCCCAGGAGGUAAAGGCGACGGCGACGAGGAAAUCGAAAUUAUCCCCAGAUCCACGUCAGCUAUUCUGCGACGAGGACAGCGAUUCAGAGGAACCGACGAGGUACAACAGCCCGGACUUGUAUCCCCAUGUCAUCCAACCCCAGUACGUCCUCCAAGCGACGUCUCAUCGCUCCAGACGAAAUUCCAUCGACUCUCCUCAUCUCUAUUACCGCUCCAGGGAGCCAAGUCAGUCCAGAUAUCACCAGGAGUCACCACACCACCCACCAUCCCCAAGUGUCUCCUUGACACGCCAGGGGCUGGAGAUCGUUGAGAUGCUGCGUGACGCUGAGAAAAAUGGUUUCUCAGCUGAUGAUCUCCGGGUGGCACUGGCCCAGGGUGCGGCUAAUCCGUUGGAGUGGUUGACCCACCAGUGGCCUCAUCUCGUGGACACUGUCCAGGUGUUGGUGUCCACCAGGGGUCGAGAGAUGCCUGACGAUCGGAAUGACAUUGGCAUAUUGUCUGGUCAAGAGGCGAGGGAAGCCCUGAGGUCCUGCAGAGGGGAUGUCUGGACUGCUGUCACAAAGGCCAUUCAAAUCAGACAGCAGAAGUGCGCAGGGAUAAUGUCGAAAGGAAAUUUUCCACUUGUCGACGUGAUUAAGGCCCUGAAUAAUCACGGAGGUAAUGAAGACGUCGCUCUUCUUGAACUCCAGAAGAAUCUGUUGAAACCGUUUUUAAUGCGAAUUUGGGGACCACCUGUUGGGGUUGAGAACGACGAGGCCGCACCACGCGUGGAAGUGGCUGGUGCGAUCGAUUUGUCGGGAAUAAUCGAUGAAAAAUCGGUAGCAGCCGUAGGGGAGUUGGAAGCAAGCAAUCAGGUAAUGUCAGAAAAUCACUCUCAUUUCCCAGAGUUGCAGGAAGAUAUCCCGGAAGAUCUCAUCGAAAAACACUCGAAAAUCGUUAAGAAAUCCCUAAUCGAAGGUAAUAAUGAAAACGAUUUAUUCAGCAGUUGUGAAAUUCUCCGAGACGAUGAAAAAUCGAUAAACAUUGAACGAAAAACUGUCAAAACCCAGCAGAAUCAAGGAAUUCGAUUAAUCGAUAAAAUUGUGCCUGAAUCCCCUGAGGAAAAAGAAAGUGAAGUGAACAAGCCGAUCGUGAGAGAAAUCAAUCGUAAAUUGAUUGAUCAAACAAAUGAAAUCGAUCGAAUCGGUUCGUCAGAGGCUGUGGAGAAAUUCCUGUCGGCAAUGAAAUCUCUUCCAGAGCAGUUCCUGGGGCCUCUUACGGUUGCUCUACAAGGAUUCCAGAAUAAAUCGGCGAAUGGAAUCGGUAAUUGGAAAAUUGCAGGGCCCGCAGUCAAUCCGCUUUAUGAAAAUGUAGAACUUCCAAGAGAAAUUGAUAAGAAAGUGGAGGGAAAUCCCUCUGAAAGAAUCCCUCUUACAGAGAUCUCUUCAGGGGCAUCAAUUUCUCAGAGAGAAAUUGAAAAAUCGGAAGGCACAAAAUUUCCACCGAUUUUACCGCAGGAAAUGCAAAAAAAUCUAAAAAAUCAAGUGAACAAACCAAAAUUCUCUGGGGAAUCCCGUGAAAAAAUUAAAAGAAAGGAAAAUCAAGGAAUUGACGUGGAAAAAUCGAGAGAUAACUCAGCGACUGAAAAACCGAUUGAAAAAUCGAAUGAAAAAACCACGGAAAAUGAGUCAAUUCCGGUAAAAAAAAUGCAAAUUAAUUCAGAAGAUGGGAGUGACCCGAAGUUAAAAAAAGAAAUACCUAAAGAAUCGAAAUUUGAACGCCAAAAAAAACCAAGAAAUUCAAAUGAUGUAAAAUUGAGAGAAGAAAUUCCUGUAGAACAAGAAAUACUAGUCGAAGAACAUGUAAAUAAUGUGAAAGUGGAAGAAGAAAUAAAAAAUUCAAAAAAUGAGGGGAUAAAUUCUCCGAAAAAAGAAAUCAAUGAGGUUUCGUCCAAAUCAUCAAAACUUGUUCCAGAAGUCAUGGAAAAAAUUGAAGAAACUGAAAAAGCGAUGGGAUACACAAAAAAUACUGAAUUCACUUCCGGAAAAAGCGAAUCACCAUCAGAAGGGGGAAGACCACACGAUAAAGUGAAGGAUAAGAAGAUAUCUGAUGAUAAGGAAGAGAAACUUCAGGGAAUUGAUCUUUUGAGAGAACAAAUAGAGAAGGACACGGAAAAUGCUGUGAAAAGUGCUGAAGAGAAUGAAUUGUCUGAAGAGUUCUUUGACACUUUAGAAGAAUUUAAGAUUCCAGAAGUUAUUGAAGAAAUGGUGAAGAAGGUAGAGGUCGACCUUGAGGGAAGAAACAAUUACAGAGAAGACUUAAUUGAGGGAAUGAGGCCUGAGACGUUUGAAUUGAUGAUAAAGGAGUCUCCGGUGGUAGCCGUGAACGAUGCAAUUCCGGCUUUGGAGUCUCUGGUGGUUCAGGGGUCUUUGAAGAUGAAUCUGGUGCGAUUGGAUGAAAUGACUAUUGGGUCUGAUGUCAAUUGUGAAAAAUCCCUGGAUGAAACGAUAUUGUCUGGACAUCGAGGGACUCCACAGGAAAAAAUCAGAGACGUAGGGAAGAUCCGGAAGAAUUCGGUGGUGAAGAGGACGAGGCAGAGGGCAAAGUCUCCGGUGAAAAGAAUUUAUGGGAGGAGAAUACCAGGGAGAGCCACGAUCAAAUCAUUCUCUCCUCCGAAGAAAAAUUCUGUGGUCGUUUCUAGGAAUUCUAUCAAGAGCGGAAGAUUGGAUGGACGAACUUCAGAAACAAUGACUCAAAAUCAGAAUUCAGAAAUUGAUGGGAAGAAAGAUGGAGAGGCGAAAAUUAAUAUAGAAACAGUAAUGAAGAUGAAAAAACCACCGGGAACACCAGAAACUCUGAAGAAUAUAAAAAUGAGUGAAGAUAAAACUUGUGAAGAGAUGAUAGCGCCAGAAAAAUCUCUUCGCGAAGAGAAGAAAUUCUCCAUUGAUGAAGAAAUUGUAACAAAAAUAAAAAUGAAGACUACGGGAACUUCAAAUUUAUUACAAACUGCGGUGAGGUCUGAUGCGAAUGAUGGAAGAAUAAAAAACGAGAAUAAAGUGGUGACAGUUGACGAUAAAUUACGGAAAUCGCAGUCGAAAAUUCCGGUUUACCAGAAGAAACCUCAGACUGUCUCAGUGACUAGUCAGAAAAUUAUUGAAGUGAGUUCUUCAGUGCCUGUGAGAACUGAAAUAACACCCCCGGUUCGGGCGAUUCCGGUCCUCUCUCCAACUAUUUCUUCACCAAAUACUGCAAUUAAUGAUUUAAUAAUUAAAAAUAAUAACAAAUGCCGUAAAGAAAGCGAUAACUCUCCCCCAUUCACCCCCAAAAAUGGAGAAAUAGAUGGAAAACAUCAGACGAAUUCCCCGAAAGGAGAAAUAAAAAUAUCAAAUAUUGAAGAAGAAAUCAGAGAAUGUGAAGGUGAAAUUGAAGAGAAAGAAAUGGAACAAGUCGAGGCUGAAGAAAGUUCCGAGGAAGAAAUUGUAGAGAUAAUCGAAGAGAUAACAUACUCCAGUAAUUCUGACUCGACAGGCUCCCACAAAAUGGCGACAGUCCUUGAGAGAAGAUCAUCCUCAGAGGAUCCCACGGGUGCAGAACUAAUGCUGCAGCGAACUCUAGAUCGUAUAAAAGCGGAAUUAUCAAAUUCCGAGUUUGAAGAUGAAGAUGCAGAGGAGAUGAUGAUAAAUUCCAGUGAAGAUGAUGAUGAAGAGAUCCCAGAGAUAUCUGAAGACAGUUCAGUCGACAAUUCCCUGGAGUCUUCACCGCCAUCUAGUCUCCCAAGGGAUGACGUUCAUACCCAGAUUGACCAGAUGAUCACGGUUAAUGUCAAAUUGAAUCCUUCGAAAUUACGAGCGAGUGAGUCUGAAGCUAUCGAUCCCGCAGUAACACCCAGAAAACGUUUCUCCAUUGUUGCUAGUUAUGUUGAACAAUUUGAAGGAGAAAUGCCAAAACGCGAGAGAAAAAAUUCAAGAGAAGUCAAGGACUUGCUCAUACCUGACAAAUCACCGAAGAAUGAGAGGGAGAGGACGGCAAGACGUUUAUUGGCAGAGGAAAAGGUCUCCAGCUACGAAGAGGCAGAGGUUGCCGCUAGUCUCAUCAGUCUGAAGUUCAACGAUGAAGAAGCUAUUAAUGCAGCCAAAGAAUGUGGGAGUGUGGAAUCAGCAAUAGCAUAUCUCCAACAGGAGUGUGAAUUGUGUACUGGGAGAUUCGCUGUUAGUCAGAUGGUCUCGAUGCUGAAGUGCGUUCACAGAUGCUGCAAUGAUUGCGCUAAGAACUACUUCACUAUUCAGAUUAGUGACAGGAAUAUCGUGGAUGCUGUUUGCCCUUUCUGCAAGGAACCUGAUCUGAAAGAUGCCAAUGAGGACGACAUCCUCGAGUACUUCAGCAUCCUUGAUAUUCAGUUGAAGUCUCUGCUCGAUCCACCUAUUCACGAACUCUUCCAGAGAAAAUUGAGGGAUCGGACUCUCAUGCAGGAUCCCAAUUUCAAAUGGUGUGCACAGUGCUCGAGUGGAUUUUAUGCAAAUCCAAAUCAGAAGCGGCUGAUCUGCCCUGACUGCAGAUCUGUGACGUGUGCCUUCUGUCGGAGACCUUGGGAGAAGCAGCAUGAAGGGACGACCUGCGAGCAGUUUUCCGCGUGGAAGGACGAGAAUGACCCCGACAAUCAGGCAGCAGGUCUAGCUCAACACCUGGCGGACAAUGGUAUCGACUGCCCCAAGUGCAAAUUCCGUUACUCCCUGUCCCGUGGUGGUUGCAUGCACUUCACCUGUCACCAGUGCAAGUACGAGUUCUGCUGUGGAUGUGGCAAGGCCUUCAUGAUGGGUGCCAAGUGCACAAUCAGCUCUUACUGCUCAAAACUAGGUCUCCAUGCUCAUCAUCCUCGAAAUUGUCUGUUCUAUCUGCGAGAUAAGGAGCCAGGACAACUCCAGGUGCUCUUAAGGGAGAACAAAAUCGAAUUCAAUACCGUUAAUCGUAAUAAUGAUCGCAAAUGCAAAGUUCAGCUGCAGAAGGAAACACCGACUGGUGUUGUUGAUGCUAUCUGCAAUGCUGAUGUCGUGGAGAAUCACGCGGGACUCUGCAGGCAGCACUACGUUGAGUACCUGGCCGGUCUAGUGCUCAAGGCUAAAUUGGAUCCUGUGGAGAUAUUUGAUUUGAACGAGGCGAAACAAGAGUUGCGCCGACGGGGAAAAGUGCCGCCUGCUAAAGCACAGGAAAUUUCUGAGAUGGAAUACCUCAGAGUUUGCAUUCAGGUGGUGCAAGAGGAAAUUCCACUGGAGUAAAUUUUUCUGGAUUACUUAUACUCUAAUUUUAUCUAUUCACCAAUUUAUUAUACAAACAUUUAUAUCAGACAAUAAAGAAGUUG